AUGAUAGGUAAUUCUUGGGAGGAGGCUGGAUGGAGAGUCGCACGGCGAAGUUGGAAGACGCUCAAAGUGAAUUGGCAUCUUGGGUUCACCUCGUUUGGUGGACCCCCUGUUCAUUUCAGGAUCUUUCACCAUAAGUUCGUGUCCAAACUCACUUGGGUCGAUGAGCAGGUGUACCAAGAACUUUUCAGCAUUUGCCAAGCUCUCUCUGGUCCUGCUAGUACGAAGAUGCUCUACUGUGUGAACCUCAUUCAGGAUGGGUUUUUUGGAGCGAUUCUCGCAUUUUUUAUCUGGAGUUUACCUGGGGCGUUAGGCAUGUUCGGCCUUUCUAUAGGCGUCUCUAACAUUGGAGAAGCUCUUCCCCGAGCCGUAUACGCCUUACUCUCUGGACUUAAUGCUGCUACAGUCGGCAUUAUUGCCCUGGCGGCUGUCGAUCUGUCUAAUAAAGCAAUCACAGACAAGCUUACUAGAAUCAUCGUCUUCUUAACCGCUGCCGCAGGAAUGCUAUAUAACGCACUAUGGUAUUUCCCAAUCCUUAUGCUUGCUAGUGCAUGCACUGCUGUCAUAUAUGACUAUCGCUGGCUACAACAGCUGUGGUUCGUUACAAGGGAUGCUUUCUUGAGAAUAAGGAGCUCCACGCAUCUAGAAGGGGAUACAACUCGUCAUGAAGGCGACUUAAGGGAAACUAAUAACCCCAGCAUGUCUCUCAACAAUCAGCAUGAGAACAGGACAGAAGAUUAUUCCGAGCCGCGCAUUAUUCCGCCCGGAUAUUUUCUUGAUUUUUCAUGGAAGUCGGGAACUACCAUCAUAUUUACCUUCUUCAUCUCGUUUAUCGUCGUUAUGGUACUCCGAGGGACUUUGCCUGAUCUACCUGUGCUAUACAGACUCUUUGCUAACCUUUACCUUGCUGGUACGAUCAUAUUUGGCGGUGGACCGGUUGUGAUCCCGCUUCUAAGAGAAUACGUGGUGGCUCAAGGCUGGGUUAGUCCUCGCGACUUUCUCAUUGGUCUUGCUAUCGCGCAGGCCUUUCCGGGUCCAAAUUUCAACUUUGCCGUAUUCCUAGGUGGCUUAACGGCUAUUAAUCACGGAUAUCCUUCUAUCACCGGAGCAAUCGUCGCAUUCUGUGGUAUUUUCUUCCCUGGGAUCGUCCUGGUUCAUGGUACAAUGGGGAUCUGGAGGGUAUUGCGAAGUAGGCGCUGGGUAAAAUCUGGAGUGAGAGGUAUUAACGCUGGCGCCGUUGGGCUGAUUUAUACGGCUGUGUAUAGAAUCUGGCAGGUGGGCUAUAUUGACGAAGGUUUCCAGUCUGGGAAGAGUCUUGGUGAUGAUCCUUGGUGGGUAAUUGUAACUGCGACGGCCUAUGUUGGGGGCCGUUAUUUCGGUGUGGCACCGCCAAUCGCUAUAAUCCUGGGAGCCGUACUUGGCCUGGUUAGAUAUGGAGUGGUAAGCGGUCGGGUUUAA